AUGGCUGAUAAACUCCGUACGCUCCAACAACUCGAAUCUCUCCAGGCCAAAUACGUUGGCACCGGCCACGCCGACACCACCCCCUACGAAUGGAAGAAUAACAUCGUCCGCGACUCGUACGCAUCUUAUGUUGGUCAUCCUCCCCUUCUGGCAUACAUGGCGCUGGGUUUGGGGGAAAACAAGGAGAUUGUCAGAGGCCAGAUGAUUGAGAAGAUGAUUCGAGCGAGUGGUCCACCACCCCCAAGAGAAGAGGAUUGA